UAAAAGCCAUGCUCCUGCCAACUUUGAUACUUAGUUCACUUUCAGUUAGAAGUCGAUUUGAAGUGAUGAUGUUAGCCAUAUUGUUGGUCCUUUUAGUGUUUGCUUCUCAAAUAGAGGCUCUGCCCGCUGGCAAGGACUCAUCUGGAAAGGAUGCUAAGCUGCCACUGAUAUCUAAGCCACCGCUGCAGCAGCAGCUGAAUCCUCUCAAUCAGGAUGAGGUUACCAUGUUCACCAACAUGUUUCUCAGCCUGUUCCGCGGAGUAGCCGACUAUCGAAACAUGGUGGCUGCCGAUUCCGUGCAGAGUGUGUGGCAGAGUCCGCCAGUUGUUGACUUUAGCCACCGACUCUUUGCCAGCUAGAAACUUUGUUAUUCAAUCCGAAACUGUUUUGGCCAAACAAACUGUAAUUACAUUGCCGAUAACGACGUUCUGUUUUUUAAUUAUUGGCGGUGGAAUGGUAUAAAAGAGUUCUGCAAUUCCAAGAGAAUUUCAAAUAGAAAAUGAAGCUUAGUGCUGCAUUCAAUAUUGUUAUUCGGAUGCUUUUGGGCAUGGCCAUCGCUUUUCCUACUCAUCAGAUCGUGCCACACAUACCCUAUGGCAUGGAUGACUUUUACCCGUUUCUCUCCAGAAAUGCCACCGAUGUGCUGCCGUUGUCUACAAAUCUAACGCAAAUUCAACGACUUGGCUGGGCCGAUAAAUGUGUGCAGUUUAGAAAUAAGUGCACGUUAGCAGAGCAUUGUUGCAGCCUAAGAUGCCUGAAACGUAUUUAUCGAUGCAUUACCUAAGUUGUAUACCAAUGAUUGUCCCCUA